GAUCGCAUCAACAUGUCGAAUUCGCACCCGACACCGAUUAAGGUGUCGCCUUCGGCGGCAGUCCACUCAGCUGCAACGCUCGACCCAGACCUUAGAUCUCAGAUCAAUACGCUUCUCCUGAAAGAAGGUCACGUCGAAAAGAUACAGGAUGCGCUCCUGCAUUCGUUGAAUGCCAACCAGACCAAUUGGCCCACACAACUCCAGUCGCAUGCUACGACACUCCUGCGCUCUGGCGACGUCACGACCUUUCCGGCCCUUCUGCGACGUGUACUUGACGACGUUCGUCACGACACACUCGCACGGCCUCUCGAAGCAAAUCAGAAGACAAACGGCAGCAAGUCCAACGGUACAGCUGCCACUGACGCUACACCUAAUCUAGCCAUCCCUGCCGCCGUGACAGACGACAUGCUAAAGAUCGUGCGCGAGAGCCUGGAGGCUGUCUGUGAAAUCGAAGAGAGCAACGGGAGAUGAAGCUCCAAAAUCCCCAAUCAUUUCCGUCUCCUGUCUGCUUUCCCCUACCGCUCCUAAAUCCAUCAUCCAUACAUACCUACGCCAUUACCAACAGCCACCUUGAGACUCGUGGAUUCAACUGGGGGACUCCGUUUUAGGAGAUAUCAUAAAAGGCCUACACGAGUCUUAAUGCAGCAACUUCAAGUCAGAUUCAGAACAUCCAACGUACCAGAAGCUAAAGCAGGCCCUUGCUCAAACCUGCGCGUUUCUUGCAAGCUAAGGGAGAACCGUACCUGAGAAUGACAAUGCCGCAUUGGGAAGGUUUGUUAUGGUUUAAGGCUCUAGGCAAGUUCUAACUCUAUGUGCUUGUUAUCAUUUUGAUGCGCUGCAUUCUAAAGAAGCCAGUUCUGGUUGCAGUGGCCGGAAUAUGUCGGCUUGGAGCUACCAGGUCGCCCAUAGUAAAGCUCUGGGGCUGUUUUGCUAGUUCAGGUUAUCAUCAGUCAUGCAAGGAUGCCAACGAAUGCUUCAGUAUCGCCGGAUGGAUGAACUGCAGUACAUCUACCUGUCUAUCAAUCAAUUCACUUAUCCUUCGU